AUGAAGCAGUACCUCGAUAAGUUCUACUACUGGUACUUCAUCGUUCACAUUCCAAUUACGUUGUUAAUUGACUCGACCAUUGUUAUUCCUGAUGAAUACCAAUUAUGGAUCCAGAAACUGAUUGUAUCGUUUCAUAUUGAAACCAAUAAAGAUAUCUUGUUAAUUGAAUCGCCCUUAUGGUUUAAAGUGUUUGGAUUAUUUGAAUUGGUGGUUCAGUUACCUAUAUUCGUAAUUGGAUCGAUUUUUCUACGUAACAAGGAUGAAAGAAUAACCCCGGUUAUGAUGAUAUACGGGUUCAAUGCAUUUUUCACUACUUUAGUUUGUUUAAUUUGGGUAAUCGCUGAGGGAGACAAUUUUGGAUUAACUAGAGCAGAAAUCUACAAUUUGGUAUUAAUCUAUGUACCAUACUUGAUCAUACCUUUGGUAAUGAUGAUUGAUAAUCUUAUUAGAAACAUAAAAGUGUUUAACAAAAUCGAAAUUACGAAAAAAAAUCAAUAA